AUGGAAUUGGCUCAAGGGUAUAGAACCAGCGCCGGAAUCAAGGCGAAGGAGCCGAAUGGUGGUGGGAUGGGAUUGAAUUCCCAUACCCUUUUGGUAAUUAAGCUGCCUGAUUCGCAGGUUUUGCAGAUUGUAUCCAGGUCGUUGUUUUUGGCAAUCAUUUUGCUCACAUUGCCUUCAAUUGGCUCUGUUUUAAGAAGCUCUUCCAAUGCUUCUAAGGUGAACUCUGAUCUGGCUAAUUUCAAAAUAUUGCCUGUUCUUUUUCGUGAUUUGGCCGACGAAGGCCUGAUCAAGAGGGGUCAGAAAGGCCUCAUCGUGGGUUCUAGCCUUGAUGAUUUGAUGAAAGAUUUGGACUUCGUGAGUGACAGUGAUAAUAUUGUGGCCUCUGAAACCAACUUGGAGGACUCCAUUCCGAAUGAAACUUUUGAUUUCGUUUUCAGCUUCAGCUUCAAGAAUGCUGAUUCCGUCGACCGCGUUCUGAAGAAUGGCGGCAUUGUGAUCACAAAGUUGAGCAAUGAUCCUUCAAGAUUGAUGCAACGACAAUCAAAUUAUAGGAUUGUGUAUCUGCGACGGUUUGAGAAUACCAUGGUUGCAAUGAGGAAAAUUAGCAGUAAAGAUGGCUUGACUAAUUCAGCCAAAAGGUCGAUCCCUUGUGGGAUCGCACAAGACGCCAGGAAAAUGGCAUUGAAAGGCUUAGAGGAUGCUUUGCUCGAGCCUCCCAGAAGGACAUUGUUGAAGUCCUCGAGAGAUGAAAUGAGGAAAAUCAAAUUCCUUCCUCAUCUGUUAGGGGACUCCCACUCCCUGGCAAGUUAUAGACGAAGGAUCUUGAUUUCAGAUGACAAAAGUGGUUUUGAAGGUUGGUUUCACAACAACUAUCCAACCGAAAACCAACACUUUGAGACGUACAAUCUAGAGAUUACUGCAGAAAAAUUGUCAUCAAGAAGCAUGGUGAAUCCUGCUGCAGGGAUAUCAGGUUGGCUGAAGAAUAAUGCGAGGCAAGAAGACUUCGUUGUAAUGAAGGCAGAAGCACAGGUUGUUGAUGAGAUGAUGGAGGAGAAGACAAUCUGCUUGGUGGAUGAGUUGUUCUUAGAGUGCAAGAACCACUUUCAAGAUGAUGGAGUGGAAGAAGAAAAUGAAAGCAAGAGGGCCUAUUGGCAGUGUUUAGCUUUGUACGGAAGCUUGAGAGAUCAAGGGGUUGCUGUGCAUCAAUGGUGGAAUUGA